AUGUUUGGGUUAGUAUUUUCGGCAAUUCUUUUCAUUGUAACUGCUUCUUUCGGUCAAGAAAAGUCCGAUAAACAAGCUUUGCCACACCCGUACAAUAAAUCUGACUUUCCUCCUGUUGACGAUUACACCUUAAAGGCAUCUAGCGAAUACGGUGUACCUUCGAUUCCAGGUGGUCCGCUCCCACUUCCACCAGCAAUCCCCCCAAUCGGACAUUAUGAAGAGGUACCACGUCCACCCGGAAUCUCCCCAUUUGAUUCUUGGCAGCCGGCCCCACUCCCCCAAAUCCCCCCAAUCGGACAUUAUGAAGAGGAACCACGUCCACCCGGAAUCGAACCUUAUCAAAAUGCAGGAAAAUGCCAGAAGAUCAAGCAACUGAAUGUGCGCGGACACAGAACUGCUCGUGCUAAAUUUGUUGAACUGGAAAGAGAUGGAAAGACUUAUAUCGCUAUCAGUUGUCCAAACACCGGAAAGCCAUACGCUCUAGUGGCCGAAAAGAAUGGUGGCGACACAAUUUUCCAUUUCGGCUCAGAGGUCAUUUUCCAAGACACCGUUCUCCUUUCAUCUGGAUUCAACUUGGACUUCACUGUUAGAUGCGAUGAGAGAAACACUGUCGCCAGAGCAUACAAUGGAAGAAAAGUGUCAAUAAGAAGAGUUGCUUGUGUGGAACUUCCUCAACCAAAUCCAGUUACCAAAUACUAA